UUAAAGAAUCUUCAAGUUUGGGCAAAAUUUAAUGAAGGAACUCGUCAGGAAUACCAAAAAAACAUCUAUCUCUUCUGUGUAUGUCGUUUGUCAGAAGAUUCUGAUGACUUUCACACAAAAUUUACUAGACAGACAUUAAAAUCCACAAUCUACAUUCUACGAGAUUCAAAACAAUUCUAAAUUGGAUACCGAAGCUGACAACAACAAACAAACAAACUACAAACAAACAACAACAACAGCAACGAGAACAUCAACAAAAAACCAAGACAACGACAAAAUAAACAACACAGCCACCUAACUAACCGAACAACAACAUGGAUCGUCUCGUGAGUCUGAUAGCCGGCGCGUCAUCAGUUCGAAGCUCGAACGAUGACGAUUUUGCGGAUCGCCUCAGUUCUCGCUACACAGUCGUCUUGCUGGUGCUAUUUGCAGUCUUGGUCGGAAUGAAUCAAUACGUUAGGAAUCCUAUUACGUGCUGGGCACCUGUACAUUUCACUGGACCUCAUACGAAGUUUGCCACAAAUUUUUGCUGGGUGAAGAAUACCUACUACCUACCGUGGCAAAAUGAGGUGCCGCGGGAGAUGGAGAAGAAGCAGAUGAUUCCCUACUACCAGUGGGUCCCGUUCAUACUACUAUUCCAAGCUGUUCUCUUCUACCUUCCUACGAUUGUCUGGCACGGGAUGAACAGCAAAGCUGGGAUCGACGCCGAUAGCAUCAUGCAGUCAGCUCAUAGUUUAUCAAGGAUGGAAAAAUCAGAUGCCCAUAAGAGGACCAUGCUACUGCUGACCAAUCAAAUGGACAGAUUCUUAUCGAAUCGCUUGAAUCGCAAGAAGGGUUGUGGCUGCAAUACCAGAAGCUGCUUUAUGAUCUGCUGCUGUGGAUUGUGCGGCAGAAGACUCGGAAACUAUCUGGUCAUCCUUUUCCUCUUCUCAAAAUUCUGCUACAUCGUCAACAUCCUUGCUCAGCUCUUUGUUUUAAACGGCGUACUCUCCAUCAAGUUUAACACUUUCGGUGUCGAUUUGAUCCGGCUCAUCAUGUCAACGGAUGAUUGGACGGAACAAAAUCACGUGGCAUUCCCACGUGUGACCUACUGCGAUUUUUACAUUAGGGGUCAAGAUAUGGCCAACGUGCAGCCCUACACCAUCCAGUGCGUACUACCCAUCAAUCUCUACAACGAGAAAAUUUAUUUCUUCCUCUGGUUUUGGAUGGUUUUUGUCCUACUCGCCAGCACCAUAAGCUUCUUCCUGUGGUUCAUGAGGGCGUUGUUCUUUAGGGAUCGUCUCAAAUUUAUUCGCAACCAUCUUCUACUCGGCAGUCGGGUCAACCAGAUCGAAGAGAUCGACGAAAAAUCGAAUAUUCGCGAGUUUGCCAGUAGAUAUCUAAAGCAGGAUGGCACAUUCCUCUUACGGUUAAUCGCGCACAACACUAACAACAUCACUACGACAGAGAUUAUAUGCGGAUUGUGGGAUUAUUGGUUGAGAAAGUCCGAGAAAGUCGAUACAAUGCCGGAUACGAUGCCGAUAUCGAGACUCUAUCCGACCGAUGUCGAAUAUUCAGAUGAGUUGAAGGGGAAGGAGUUAUGA